AUGUUGUGCGUCCUGUUUCUACUCUGUGGGCUCAGCGGGCUCUCCACAGACUACGAUUCUGAAAGGCUGCAUGUACAAAUCACAGUUCCGGAGAAAAUACGGUCAAUAGCAAGUGGAGGACGUGAAUCACAUGUGUCCUACAACAUUGUAAUUGAAGGGAAAACAUAUACUGUGAACCUAAUGCGAACAACAUUUUUACCUCAUAAUUUUAGAGUUUAUGGCUAUAAUGGCACAGGAAUUAUGAAACCUCUUGAACAACAGUUUCAGAAUUUCUGCUACUACCAAGGAUAUAUUGAAGGUUAUCCAAAUUCUAUGGCGAUCGUUAGUACAUGUACUGGACUCAGGGGCAUACUACAGUUUGAAAAUGUUAGCUAUGGAAUUGAACCCCUGGAGUCUUCGAUUGGCUUUGAACAUGUUAUUUAUCAAGUAAAACAUAAGAAUGCAGGUAUAUAUUUAUAUGCUGGGACGGAUAUAGAAUCAAGAGAUCUGCCCUAUAAAAUACAAAGUGUAGAGCCACAAUUGGAGUUCUCUCGGUAUGUAGAAAUGCAUGCUGUAGUUGAAAAAAAUUUGUAUGAUCAUAUGGGCGCUGAUACGUCUGUUGUCACUCAAAAAAUUUUUCAGUUGAUUGGACUGACAAAUGCUAUUUUUACUUCAUUUAAUAUUACAAUAAUUCUAUCUUCAUUGGAGCUUUGGAUAGAUGAAAAUAAAAUUCUAACCACUGGAGAUGCUAAUGAGUUAUUACACAGGUUUUUAGUAUGGAAAAGGUCUUAUCUUGUGUUACGUCCGCAUGAUAUGGCAUUUUUACUUGUCUACAGAGAAAAACCAAAUUAUGUUGGUGCAACGUUUCAAGGGAAGAUGUGUGAUAAAAACUAUGCAGGAGGUGUUGCUCUGCACCCCAGAACCAUAAGUCUGGAAUCACUUGCAGUUAUUUUAGCUCAGUUACUGAGCCUUAGUAUGGGGAUAGCUUAUGAUGACAUUAACAAAUGCCAGUGCUCCGGAGCUGUCUGCAUAAUGAACCCAGAAGCAAUUCAUUCCAGUGGUGUGAAGACCUUUAGUAACUGCAGCAUGGAAGAUUUUGCAUAUUUUAUUUCAAAUCCAAAAUCUCAAUGUCUUCAAAAUCAGCCACACUUAGAUCCAUAUUACAAACAGGAAACUUGUGGUAAUGGAGUAUUGGAACAAGGAGAAAGCUGUGACUGUGGGAGUGAACAGGAGUGUAAUGACAAGGGCAAUACAUGCUGUAACAGUGGAACGUGUACAUUCACAGACGGUUCAAAUUGUGAUGAAGGACCAUGCUGCUCAAAUUGUGUUUUUUCUUCAAAAGGAACGGAGUGCAGGCCUGCCAUCAAUGACUGUGAUCUCCCUGAAUACUGCAACGGAUCAUCCGCACAAUGUCAAAGUGACGUCUUUGUUCAGAACGGGCACGCGUGUGGAAACGGUCAGUGGCUCUGUGUUGAUAAAGUAUGCAGGAGCGGGAAGCAGCAAUGUGUGGAUACAUUUGGCUCAGGUGCAGAAUUUGGUACUGAAGAAUGUUAUAAUCAACUUAAUUCUAUGACUGAUCAAUCUGGGAACUGUGGUUCAGGUCCUUCAGGAUAUGUACAGUGUAAACCUAAGGAUCGGAAGUGUGGAAAAUUACUAUGUAAAUAUGGAAAUGAUAAUUUAAUUGUAGUUCACAAUGCCACUAUUAUUUAUGCAAACAUAGAUGGAAAUAUCUGCAUUGCUCUGGAAUAUGCCCAUGAUGAUAAAAACAGCAAAAUGAUGUGGGUAAACGAUGGAACUGUUUGUGGUACAAAUAUGGUUUGCAGAAAUAAGGCAUGUGUGAGCUCUGCAUACUUGGAUUAUGACUGUACUGAAGACAAAUGCAAUAAUCAUGGUGUAUGUAACAACAAAAAGAACUGUCACUGUGACACUGGGUAUUUACCUCCAAAUUGUGAAACUAUGAAUGAGGGAUGGCCUGGUGGGAGUGUUGACAGUGGCAAUUUUCCAACUGGAAGAGUCAACAUUCCUGGUAAACCAAAAAGGCACUACAUUGAGAACGCUUACCAUUCCAGACCUACAAAAUGGCCAUUUUUCUUACUCAUUCCUUUUUUCAUUAUUCUCUGUGUACUGAUCGCUAUACUGGUAAAAGUGCAUUUUCAAAGAAAAAAAUGGAGGACUGAGGACUAUACAAGCAAUGAGCAACUUGAAAGUGAGAUAGAAACCAAAGAGUAG